UCUUCUUGCCUGUGCAGGUGAUUUUCUACGACAGUGACUGGAACCCCACUGUAGACCAACAGGCCAUGGAUAGGGCCCACCGCUUAGGGCAGACAAAGCAGGUCACCGUGUACCGGCUUAUCUGUAAGGGCACGAUCGAGGAACGCAUUCUGCAGAGAGCCAAGGAGAAGAGUGAGAUUCAGCGGAUGGUGAUUUCUGGUGGGAACUUCAAACCAGAUACCCUGAAACCUAAAGAAGUGGUUAGCCUUCUUCUAGACGAUGAAGAGCUGGAAAAGAAACUGAGACUACGGCAGGAGGAGAAACGGCAGCAGGAGGAGACCAACCGCGUGAAGGAACGGAAACGCAAGCGGGAGAAGUAUGCGGAGAAGAAGAAAAAGGAAGAUGAAUUGGAUGGGAAAAGGAGAAAAGAGGGCAUGAACCUCGUGAUCCCAUUUGUUCCUUCUGCUGACAACUCCAACCUCUCUGCUGAUGGCGAUGACUCCUUCAUAAGUGUCGAUUCGGCCAUGCCCAGCCCUUUCAGUGAGAUCUCAAUCAGCAGUGAGCUGCACACUGGCUCCAUUCCCCCUGAUGAGAGCAGCAGUGACAUGUUGGUUAUCGUGGAUGACCCAGCCUCCUCAGCUCCUCAGUCUCGAGCCACUAAUUCUCCUGCUUCCAUAACAGGUUCUGUCUCAGACACUGUGAAUGGAAUUUCCAUUCAGGAAGUGCCAGCUGCAGGACGUGGUCACUCAGCUCGAAGCCGAGGCCGCCCCAAGGGUUCAGGAAGCACAGCCAAAGGAGCAGGGAAAGGCCGAAGCCGGAAGUCCACAGCGGGCAGUGCUGCUGCCAUGGCAGGAGCCAAAGCAGGGGCUGCAGCGGCAUCUGCAGCUGCCUAUGCUGCAUACGGGUACAACGUGUCUAAAGGAAUCUCCGCAAGCAGUCCUCUGCAGACAUCCAUUGUCCGACCUGCUGGCCUUGCAGACUUUGGACCUUCAAGCGCCUCUUCUCCCUUAAGUUCCCCUUUGAACAAAGGAAAUACUAUUCCUGGGACUCCUAAGAGCCUUCAUAUGACCAGCAGCCUAGCCUCAGACUCCUUGAUCCGGAAACAGGGCAAAGGCACCAACCCUGCCGGCGGACGGUAACCAUCUCUGCCCUCUAGCUUCCUUCAACCAAACCAGGGGCCACAGUCCGGGGCCACAGUGGUCUUUGGAUGGCUUACCCAGUGUGGCAUCUUGCAUCCUAUUUGGAGAGUGGAAAAGACGAGCUGCAGCAGAAGAGGACAGGCAGGUGGUCGGUGUGAGCACUUUGAUCCCCUGUUUCCAAAGGAGUGUCCUGGGUUCGGGCCCACAGCCUCCCAGAUGAACUCUGCAGCCGAGUCUUAACCUCUUUCCGGGGAAGGGCCUGACAUAGACCCCUCUUAGAUGCUCAGGCACACUGUCUCCAUCCCACCCCACUCUUCAGCUCUGACCACGUCCUUCAUGAAGGCUCCACCGGUGCUGUGAAGAGCCUUCCAUAGUGGAGACCUCUCUAAAGGUUAUGAUUUCCUACAGGGCUAGAAAGGAAGGAAAUGAUUCCCUGGUGUCCGCAGUCUGGGCGCUCCUGAGUCUCUAAACCCCAUCUGCCUGUACAAUGUCCUCACUGAAAUGUGCAGUGGAGGUCAGGGAAGACAGUGGCUCCAAGGGUGACAGGCUGGAGGAAGCAGACCCACGGGCAGUCCCAGCUUCCUCCACUGUCGGGCACGUUCACACCAGGGAAGCUUUGGGUCCCACCAGCAGCAGUAGCAGCAGCCCCCACUCAAGGGACUUCUCAGAAGCCAGUAAAGAGACCAGGAGCCACCUCAGUCAGCAGGACAUCCUCCCCAUCUUGCAGAUGCCCCUUGUCCGUCCUGAAUGCACAGUCUCCCCGGCCUUGCCCGUCAGCCCUGCUUGGCUGUAUGCACUGUCUGUAUUGCACUGAGAGGGAUAGCAGGAGGGGGGCAAGCUCAGCACCAAGCUCAGCACCACCCUCCCAGCCCCAGCCCCGCUCCCUGAGCUUGCUGCCCUCUGAGAGGGGAAGGGGCGGCUGGAAGGGCUCUCCACCUGAGGUCCCUGGUGGAGCAGGUGCUUCUGGGAGGGCCAGCCUCUAAUUUGCACACCUGAAAAUCGCGGAAUUGAGUUUAGAUAGAUUGAUUUUUUUAAUUUUUUUUUUGAGGUAGGUGUAGGGAAAUCAUUUAAUUUAAAUCAUAAGGAUUCCCUACCCAAACCCUGACUCCUGUGUACAGAUGCUCUUUAGAGGGGAUCAGAAAAUGCCAAGCCUUUUCUCUUUGAAUGUGCUGUCUAUUUUUAUAGCUGAACUUGUACAUAUGUAUAAAGAGAGACACAUCUUUCUUUUACUAACUGGAUAAAAAAUCUUAAAUAAAAUGG